AUGUCUACGUCAAUUUUGGAAUUACCCGAUGAUAUUUUAGUACUGAUUUUUUGUCGAUACAUAUCUGAAAAAGAGCUGUGUCGAUUAGAUCGAGUCUGUCGAAGAUUUCACAAUCUACUCUGUAGUGAUAAUCUGCCAUGGAAAACAGCACUUGCUAAAUUAACAAAUGUGUCAUAUUCAAAACUGAAAAAUGAAGCUGGAUGUCCCAUGAUUCAGAACUCUCGUCAUCCAUCCACAAUCUUAUCGCAUUUAUUUCAUCUUCCAGCCAAUUAUUACUAUAAAGUUUUAUUCAAUCCUGCUCGUGAAUCUCCCCGUUUACUUCAAAACGAUCAACGUCCUCCAUUGAAACCGCGAGAUCGUUGUUCCGAACUCGGUUGUGACAUAAAUUCCACAAUCAACAAUGAUCACUAUCUAUUAUCAUUAGCUUAUCGUUGGAAUAAAGAUAAAGCUUAUAAAAAUCAUACAUUAGUUAAAUUUAUUUCUCGAGCUCAAACAUCAUUAUUACAAUACGAUGAACAUAAACAUCAACUUUGGUUUACGUGCAAAAAUGAUUUAUGUUGUUUAAAUCUACGUACAAAUCAAAUAGAUCAUUCCUACGAAUUCUACGAUGAUGAUGUACUUUGCUAUAAAGUUUAUAAUGAUCAUCUGAUUUGUUUAGCUAAUGGAAGCCAAUUAAAAAUUAUAUAUAGAAAAACCAAUAAUAUUCAUUUAUGUGAUAAACCGCAAAAUGCAGGAUUAUUAUCCGGUGAACGUAACGAUAUACUUUCGUUAGAUAUUUAUUCAAAUGAUCUCGACAGAUAUUUAAUAUUAAAUGGUUCGCGUGACCAUACAGUUUCACUAAGAACAUUUGAUAUGUCAACAGAAAACAAUCAACUUAUAUGGCGAACACGAGUUGAUGAUCGUGUUCUAUGUAGUCGUUUUACAAGUGAUGGGCAAUAUUUUCUUAUUGGUACCGGUGGAACAUCAAGUAAUUAUCCAUUAGUACUAUUCAAUUCAGAACGAUCGCAGCCUAUACAUCUUUACAAUGCUCAAUAUCGUAUUGGUGCUGGUGUUCGUUGUAUUGAAUGGGCAACUUCAAAUGUAUUUAUUGCUGCUGGUUUUGACAAUCAAUUUAAAGAAUUUGAUCUACGCACAGGACAAUGCCAUUAUACAUUCUAUGAUGAAUUCGGCAAUGACUAUUGUUCAUUAGCCGUAUCAGUUGACUAUAAUAAUACAUCAAAUGGAAUACUUCUUGGCGGAAAUCAUCAUUCAACAGUUCGACUGGUUAAUCGAAAACAACGCCAAUUGCAAAAAGUAUUUUUUGUCUCCAAAGAACAUAGUCCAGUACAUAGUUUAGCUGUGACAUCGGAAUAUUUAUUUGCAUCGGUUGAUCGAUCAAUUGUUGCAUUAGAUUUUACAAAUUGUAAUCCACCGUUUGGAAACAAAAUGCGCAAACUUUGA